AUGGACUUACCCAUCCCGCAGCAUACUUCUGGUCGCAACUUCGAUACCACUCCGAGCUUGUCCAACAAUGUGACCAUCUCCAAAGCCGAGCACGACUACUUGCUACAAGCUGUUCAAGAGUAUAAUCUUCUCAGAAGCGUACUGUUUCGCGGCGGACUGACGGUCGAGACCCUGGACACUUUGCUUGCGGGUGAAGGUGCUAUCCACGAUGAAUCGAAGACGUACAUGAGUCAGUCUAGCUCCUGGGAAGAGACGUUUGUUCGACCACACUCCGUGCCCGUGGUCGUGAGCCGCCCUCGUCCCGAAGACUCUCCGCCCGACUCAGACACGACAGUCGGAGAAGGCCUCGUUCGCCCGCGGAAGCUCUCCCAGUCCCACAAUAGAGUCUACAGCUACGGUCAGCCCGAUUCUUUUGAUACUUCGGAGAAGGAGGAGGACGAUAUACACCAAUCGGCCAAUCGUAUCCCCGUUCACGACCAAAGGACGAUACUCAUCACUAACCUUUCAGACCGGACCACACACAAGGACCUGGCCGGGAUCGUCCGAGGUGGGCGGGUGCUGGACAUUUUCCUUCGCAAUGAUCGUUCAGCCACUGUUUCGUUUGUUGAGGGUGCAGGUGAGUCUGUCGGCGCUGCGGCGUGCGAGUUGCUCAUGAUGGGUUCGCUUUGCCACUAA